CUUCACUGCGCUCGCUCGACGCGGAGCCGGAGCUCGAGCUGCUGGUGGGGGAUUUCCAGCGAGAGCUCUCACUUCCCGCAGCAGCAGUCGUUGUUUUGCUUUCGGUCUGAAAGCAGAAACAGAAAUAAAGCGCGGUCAAACCUUUCCCUUUCCCCGCCUAACGACUUGUCCGACUCCGCUCGGACCACGGCAGCACCGCGGGGCGUCAGGACGGGCCGUCCAGACUGAAAAAGGAGAAGAUGCCUGUAGAGAGGAUGAGGAUGCGGCCGUGGCUGGAAGAACAGAUCGACUCCUGUCAGAUCCCUGGUCUGAAGUGGGUUAACAAAGAGAAGAGGAUCUUUCAGAUUCCCUGGAUGCACGCUGCGCGUCACGGCUGGGACCUGGAGAAGGAUGCUCCGCUCUUUAUGAAAUGGGCCAUACACACSGGUAAAUACCAGCCUGGCGUGGACCGGCCCGAUCCAAAGACGUGGAAGGCCAACUUCCGCUGCGCCAUGAACAGCCUGCCGGACAUCGAGGAGGUGAAGGACAAAAGCAUCAAAAAGGGAACGAACGCCUUCAGGGUUUAUAAGAUGCUGUCGUCCACAGAGAGAAGCUUGAAGAAAGGAAAGAAGAAGGCAGAAAAGGAGGGCAGGUCAAAGGCAGGUAAAGAGGAUGCUUCUCCGUCUCUUUCUGAAAUGUAUGCUGGAGCUGCUGACUGUGCCAAACAGGAAAUGCUCAAAGAGGAGUUUAUUGAGGUUACAAUAGGUGACUGUGGUCCAGUGAUUCACAGCUCGGUGGAGGACCACCUGAUCAACAGUGAGCAGCUGCCCUACGUCUGUCAGACCAUUGAGGUGAUGACGGAGAACGAGGAGCAGACUGUAAGCUCCUCCCACUCGUACCCUCUGCAGAUUUCCCCCGUGUCGUCCUGCGGCAGCGACACAGAGAGCGACACAGAAGACACCAAAGAG